AUAGAAUUCAAUUCUCCAUUAGAAAGUUAUUCUUUUAUUGGAUAUUGGACGUCGUACGUCGGACGCGGUGUGAAUCCUGCAUUAGAUGUAAAAGUGCAAGUAAUACGAACAAAUCUCUUGUUGACGCUUCUAACCUAAAAAUUUAGUUUAAAUCGAUAUAUCGUUUAAAAAACAAGGUGUAUGUAACUCGUACAACUAGAGUUAUAUCGAAAUUAAUAAAUAACUCGUUAACGAGUUAUAUAAGCAAUAUAACAUUUGAUAUAUAAUGCAGCUCGGAUUAGUUCUAUUGAGCGCUAUAAAAAUUAGUAGACUUCCAUACAGAUUUAGAGGGAAAUAUCGUAUUGUCAAAAAACCGACUAUGCACGAUUUACUUAAAAUGAAGAUAGAUUUUGAGAGAGAAGAGCAAAACAUGUUGAUUCUACGACAUCCCUAUCUUACAGUUGAACAAUCUUUUGGUCAUAAAAAGGCUCUGUCUAAUAAAGAUGAAAAGGCUCAUAUCAAACAGUUUGAAAAAGCAAAACAGAAAUUUUCCAAACAGAUUACCUUUACUGACCGUCUUUUCAGCUUAGGAUAUGGAGAACAAUGGGAUUAAAUAUUUUCCCUGAACAUAUAAAUAAAAUUCUUUCACUAUUGUAUAUUUUAGAUUGUGAAUUAAAUUAAUAUUGACUUUAA